AUGAAGUUCCUGACUAUCCUUGCUGCCGCCUUUAUGGCUGUCGUCCAGGCCAUGCCUGUCGAUAUCGAGGAUGAUGGCGCCGCGUUCCUCGAAGCGAGGGCCGGCCACCGUGCCUCCAGCCCCUCCCGCACCUCGGGCAAGGGAUUGAACUUCAGCGGUGGCAGUGGCGGCACCACCAACAGAUUGUUUGGUCCCAAAGGCGAAAGAGAGUUUAAUAGAGGCAACUUGAAGCAGUAUCAACUUCAAAAGUGCAUCAACAAAAACAUCCUCAAGUGCGAGGAUGAUGAACUGCCAUCAGGCUUAGGCUGGUUCUUUUAUAUUUACCACCAGCGGCCUGGCAGUUGA